AUGGCAUCUCACCCUCCUGCUGCGUGCUGCACUGUUGCUAGUCUUCAUGAAGGUGAGCCUACGGGCACAACAAUCCAGAUUGAUAACAAGACCAAUGGCUACGUAGCCAAGCCUUUUUCUGGUGAAUCAAAAAAGGCCGUUCUCUAUCUUCCAGAUAUCUUUGGAAUAUGGCAAAAUAGUAAACUCAUGGCAGAUGCCUUUGCUGCUCAGGGUUACCUCUGUCUUGUACUUGACACCUACAAUGGUGACCCUGUACCACCGCAGAUGCCUGAUGGUUUCGAUAUCAUGAAAUGGCUAAAUGAGGGCUCCGACGGGAAGAAUCCUCAUACCUCAGAAGCAACAGACCAAAUCGUUGUCGCCGGUAUCAAUUAUCUCAAAGAUCUUGGUGUUACAAAAAUUGCUGCUGUGGGAUACUGUAUAGGUGCCAAGCAUCUCAUUCGCCACUUCAAAAGCGGCAUCGACGUCGGAUUCAUUGCACAUCCGUCCUUUGUUGAAUCAGACGAGUUGGCAUCUAUCACUGGACCUCUUUCCAUCGCUGCCGCUGAGCUGGAUGAUCUGUUCACGGUGGAGAAGCGUCACGAGAGCGAGAGCAUCCUGUCAAAGUCAAAGCAAGACUUCCAGAUUAAUCUCUUCUCCGGUGUGCAUCACGGAUUUGCAGUAAAGGGAGAUAUGAGUGACGAGAGACAAUUGUUUGCGAAGGACCAAGCUUUUGGUCAAGCGGUGGCUUGGUUCAAGAGAUUUAUACAAUAG